AUGUCAUACUCAUGUUUCUUAUUUAUGCACAGCUGUCAUCAGGCUGAGCAAAAACAUGAAAAAUAUAUACGUGUAAAUACAUACAAUUUAUCUCGACGCCUUCACAUCUAUCUAUCUAUCUAUCUAUCUAUCUAUCUAUCUAUCUAUCUAUCUAUCUAUCUAUGUAACAGCGGUUUCACAUCUAUCGAUCUAUCUGUCGAUGCUUUCCCAUGUACCUAUCAAUCUAUCGAUGCUUUCACAUCUAUCUAUCUAUCUAUCUAUCGAUGCUUUCACAUCUAUCUAUCUAUCUAUCUAUCGAUGCUUUCACAUCUAUCUAUCUAUCUAUCUAUCUAUCUAUCUAUCUAUCUAUCUAUCUAUCUGCGCUUUCACAUCUAUCUAACUCCCUAUCUCGGCACUUUUACAUCUCUCCCGACGCUUUCACAUCUCUCUCUCUCCCAAUGCUUUAACAUCUUUCUCUAUCUCUCAAUGCUUUCAAAUCUUUCUCUCUUAGUAUUUUCACAUCUUUCUCUCUCGCAAUAUUUUCACAUCUUUCUCUCUAUCAAUGCUUUCACAUCUUUUUUCUCUCUGUCUCAAUGCUUUCAUAUCUACUUGUCUAUUAAAGUCACUAAUGAUUAUAUUCAUAGAAGUUGUUUGUAG